AUGUCUAACGAGGAGGUUAAUCUCGACCAUGUUCUCAUUUCAUUCCGCCAUCGGAGUAACGGUACAGUGCAGGUUACGUACCCUCUGCAUCAAUUCCUCAGAAGAGAAAGAUAUACCAGUGUACACCGCGUUGCAAGCGAUUUCGAUUACGAAGAAUUCCGAUCUACUAUACAUGACCAAGACGUUUAUGAUGAAGAGAAUGAAAUAUACCUUCCACCCGUCGAUGGCGGUGAGGCCUUCGCAAUCUCCAAAAAAGAACAUUUUUGGGUUUUUUUCACUUAUGUUCAAGCCGGCAAAUAUAAUGAAUGGAUUAUUACUAAUUCACACCCGCCGACUGUGAUCAUAUACACGCCCGACCGGCUAAAUCAACAGCCAUCACCGGAUGAUGUCAUGGAAAAAAUUAAUCCUCCCCCCGGUAAUCCGGAGGCCGAAGAUCCUAAUCCGGGCCCGAAGGAACCCCGUCCAAAGAACGGCGAUAGGGGGGGACGUGGGCCAGGUGGACCAAAGCAGGGUGGACCAAAGCAGGGCGGACCAAAGCAGGGUAGGCCAAAGCAGGGUGGGCCAAAGCAGGAUAGGCCAAAGCAGGGUGGACCAGAAGUUAUUGAAAUUGACGACGAAUCAGAUGAAGGGAAUGCUGGUGAGCCGAGCUUUUUAGACGAAGUCAACGAGGUCGACGACAGUGGAAGUGAGGCGGACCCUUUGCCUACUGAUGGACAGUUGGUGGAUCGAUUGGGAGUUAACUUGCAUGAUCCCAUAAAUCCAAGCUGGCAAGCCGCAGCCAAGUUCUUCGGAAUUGAUGAAGACGACACAUUUGCUGUGAUACCGGGCCUUAAACGAAAUCCGCUCGAUCAUCAACUGUACGCAGCGUAUUAUAUACUAACACGGCCUCUUCACAAUAUCAAUACAGCCAUAAUCGCUGACGAUGUCGGUUUAGGGAAGACUAACUCGGCGUUAUUGACAGCUUAUAUUUAUCAUCGUCUUCAUGUUGCCAUGGUGGAAGUCGACAAUCAAUGGGAAGGACGGCCGGCCGCUAGAGGCCCAUUGCAUUUCUCACAUCAGGAUAUAAUAUCGGAGGAUUCCGUUUGUCCGCUACAAGUCAAAUGGGGAUUUCAAUGUCCAUGCCUCCGACGCGAGGCUUAUGAUAUCGCCCAAAAGCUAGGAUCGAAUCCGACGGUUAUCGCGUGUCCCCCGGAUUUGAUAAGGGGGUGGAUGGCCGAGGUAGAUAAAUCCUUUGACCUUACACAAGGCAGUCCAGCCCGAGAUAUGGUUUUCAUGCAAUACAGCACCUCGACGUUUUACAAGAAUAGUCCGGCCGUCCUCGAAACUGAGUCAAAAGUGGAAGAAAACAUAACUUCCAGGCAGAGAUAUGAGAUCGUAUACCCGCUCGCAGAGGACCUAAAAUCUCGAUAUGUGAUUAUUUGUUCCAGACUCGUACCGGAAAAUCUAAGAAAGUGUUACGAACGCGAUGUACAAUUUGGCAGAACGACGCAGCGCAAUGUUUCCCAUUUUAACGCUACCUUAGUUUUUAUGGAUGAAGUACACGGAUACAAAGGAACCACAGCGGGCCCUACGAUCCCCUUCCAGUUCGUUCGGAAAAUAGAUCGUGAUUCCCCCGAUCCUACGGUUAUAGUAGGGCUUAGCGCCUCUAUGCUAAGUGAUGGACCUAAAGCUUGGGGCGCCUUCGUCCAUCACAUGUUCAGGUCAACAGAUGCAAAAAUCGGAAUCCCAGAGCUAAGAAGUGAAGACGAUCUCCGACAGCAUAGGGUAGAUUUUGAUUUUCUAGUGGGUCAUCUUGAAAGUUUGGAAUCGAAUAAUGAGAAUGAACAAGCAGCGGCGCAGGUUAGGUUCGACAAUGUCAGGGGCUUUCUACGAGCUUUCUUACCUCGCAUAAUGCUCCGUCGAGUAGCCAAUACUUUGUUCAAUGGUCACCUCAUUACAAGACCUCCAAGAGAUAUCGUAACGAUAAUUACAGACACGCCUGAUGGAUCGGUAAGAGAGGCGCAAAAGGCUUUGGCGGAAUCAGUUCGUUCAUGGGUCGGACAGAUUUACAAUCAGAGAGUACGGGAAUGGGAUGAAGGGGGGAGAAUGGGCACCGAGCCCGAUCGCAAGACCGUCCAAGAAAAUGUGCUAAGUUGUGCCAUUAAUAAUACUCCUGGCUUGAAGAUAAACAGAGCGUACGAAAUUAUUCUUCGAUCGUCGUGCUUUCCUGCUAUUGCAGAACUCAUCAGAAGUGAACAAAUCACCUACGAGCAAAUCUUGACCAGCGCCGUCCGUGAGAUUUCCGAAGAAAUAACCAAAGCUUUUGGGGGACCGGCCCCUGGAAGUCGGCCCCAGAAUGCCGAUGCGAUCGACCGAGAGGUACGCGAUAUUAUACAGAAGUCUCCGUUUUAUGCGCACCGAAAUUUGCUGAGAAAUAACUCACCGAAGUUGGCACAAGUUUGCAGAUACAUUGAACAUAUUCUCAGUUUACAAGAGCACGACUGGACCGCCGCUUCGGGGUUCCCGGACCCGGGAACACCUGAUGACGGUAGCAAGGUAAGGCAUUGUUUGAUAUUCACAGAGACGCAACUUUCAUCUUUUUUGCUUUUCAUGCUUCUUUAUCGUAGAUUUGCAAAAAGGGUAGAGUGGCAUUACAUCCAUGCGGGUUUAUCAGGAGCCCAGCGUGGUGAGAUAGUUCAGCGGAUGCAAGAGCCGUGCCGGGUGACCGAUAAGACCAAGAUUCUGAUAUCGACAUUUAGUCUACUAGGGACCGGGCAUAACAUACAGAGAGCCAAUUACUGUAUCAUCACCGAGAUGCCCAGAUCUCUAGAUAUCCAGAAUCAGGCAAAGGGACGUAUCGAUCGGACGGGCCAAGUACAGGAACCGAAUAGUGUUCAGUUAUAUGAUACGCGAAACCUUGCCGAAACUGUCCGGUACAAUCGAAGCAUGAACAGAGCUCGAUUGGUGGGAGACGGUGGUGUUGACGGCAUCGACCUGAGUAACUUUGUCUAGGAAAAUAAAACGGCAAAGAGGUUUAGUAGGUUGUAGGAGGAGGAUUUGCUUUUAGC